AUGACCGAAUACAAGCAGCUUACUGCCGGAGGCUCGCCAGAUGGCAUGUUCACCGCUGGUCCAAUCUCCGAAUCUGACUUCUUCACUUGGGAGGCGUUGAUUUGUGGCCCAAAGGACACGCCGUUUGAGGGUGGCGUAUUCUCGGCCAAGUUGACCUUUCCCUCCGAUUACCCUCUUUCCCCUUUCAAAAUGAAAUUUGAGCCACCGUUGUUUCACCCGAACAUAUAUCCUGAUGGCAAUGUGUGCAUCUCAAUUCUCCAUACACCGGGGGAUGACCCGACGAUGUACGAGCAAGCUUCGGAAAGAUGGAGCCCCGUGCAGAGUGUGGAAAAAGUGAUUUUGAGCGUCAUAUCAAUGCUAGCAGAACCGAACCUUGAGAGCGGUGCGAAUAUUGAUUGCUGCAAACUAUAUAGGGAGAACCGACAGGAAUACGAAAGGCUCGUACGAGAGUCCAUAAACGAACAACUUGGGUUGUGA